AUGAAUGGAUCACCAGGUUUCAGCCCUCCACAGAUCUUCCAGUGUGACCUGACGCUCAGCGACAUACAAAAAAAUCUUACAAGUCCAGCUGAUUUAGAGACACUGGCGACCAGCACUCAGAUUCUGACAUCAAAAGCAGAAGAGCUGACGGCUGAAAAUGUUACAGCUGCGGCUGAGAUUGUCAACACACUGCUGCUGUCUGCAAACGCCACAGAGAGUGUCAGAGUGUCAGCAGUAGCAACAGUCAGUCAGCUGCUGAACGCCACUAUACCAGAUGAUACCAAGGAAAACAACGCAACUCUGGGAAUUCAUCUGAACACAAACGCAACACAGGUCGUGAUGGAAAACAGUUUCAUAGCUGAUGCCCUCAUUUACAUACGAUUCCCGCCAGGCGAAGAUGUCAGAAGUCGUCAGACAGACUUGAACGUCUCUCUGGGUUUUGUUCUCUAUCAGAAUGAUCGUUUCUUUCGUUCAAAACUCUACAUGAAGCGACGGGCCACCAUAAGGGUCCUGUCAGCUAGCGUCAGAGGGCAGGAACCCAACAUGGUGCCACAACAUGUGGAGAUGUUGUUCAGACCAAGAAACAUCAGUGGAACGUCUCUGUACGACUUCUCCUGCGUUUUCUGGAACUACAGUCAGAAGGACUGGAGCACCAGCGGCUGCUCUAAAGGAAACACUUCAGAUGGACUCAUGAGAUGUUUCUGUAACCACACCACCAACUUUGCUGCUCUCUGGUCAUUCAGAGAGAACUACGAGUAUGCAGAAGCUCUGGGUGCGAUCUCCAUCGUGGGACUCUCUCUUUCUUUUCUGGGUUUGAUUGUGACGAUCAUUUAUAACGUUAAAGAAAUUUUUCAGAAUGAACAGAAGAAAAGCCUAAUAUCUCGGCUGUGCAUCUACUUCAGCCUGCUGGCCUUCAUCAUCACCUUUGUCUCUGGAGUCCAAAGCUCCAGCAGACAAAUUGACAUUGAGGUGCAGACUGACGAUCGGACCAAUGACCUCCUUGACUCGGAUGAACGCAUAGAACCAGACCGCGGUUCGUGUACGGCUGUAGCGGCUCUGCUGCACUUCCUCCUGAUGGCCACCUUCAUGUGGAACAGCGUGAACGGUACUCAGAUCCUGAUUCAGAAAAUACGCCGCAGUCUACCACCUCACUGGACUCUGCUGGGCAUGGCUCUGGGAUGGGGAGUGCCAGCCUUGUUCAUGGGCAUCACACUGGGGGUGACCUACAGAGUGGACAAUCCUCUGAGAUACAGACAGGAGGAAUUUUGCUGGCUGGCAGCACUGGAUAAGAACAAACACUUCAGCUUUGAGAAACCUUUGUUUUGGGGUUUCCUCCUUCCAGUCGGCCUGAUCUUGAUCUACAACAUCGUCCUGCUGGUUUAUGUGUCCAUUAAAGCAACCAGGAAGUCCUGCUUCAGGAAGAGUUUCCUUGAAUGCUUCACUCUGGCUGUGUUACUGGGUGUGUCCUGGGUUUUUGGGUAUCUGGUCCUCAUCACUUCAGGAACAAUGAACCUGGUCUUCAGCAUUUUGUUCUGCCUCUGCACAACCACACAGGGUCUUCAGAUUUUUAUCAUCACAGCCACAACGCCGACCUUCAGAGCCACCAUGUCCCGAUCAGUGCAGUACCUUUCCUCAGCCAGCAUCUCGUUUAACAAUGUGAAGUUCCGUCUAUGGAAGAACUGGCACAAGAACCACUCGGAGAAGUACAGGGAAAAAUGA